GACUGAUACAGGGAGAACAUCUGUGCUAAUGCAUCUGAGAUUAGUGCUAGUGGACCCACAACGGAGUAUCGCAACAUGAUAAAUGACUCAUUUUAAAGCGUACAACGAAGCGGCCGGGAACCUAGCCUUGUAAAAAGAUAGGAAAGUUGACAAAAGUCUUCACUGUUCCACCCGUGGCGCAGUGCUUAUAUGCGACUAUUCUCUGCACAUCUCACCUGGUACGAACAGGAAGUACGAAACAUGUCGAAGGUGCCGCCAGCUCCAGUCGAGACUUCUCUCGACAUGAUCGGGAACACCCCUCUCCUCCGGUUGAGCCGUGUUGUACCAGAAGGACAUGCCAAAGUUUACAUCAAAAUGGAAAGCCUCAACCCCACAGGAUCUUACAAAGAUCGGAUGGCACGCUCCAUAAUAGAGGAAGCCGAGAUUCGGGGUGAUUUGAAGCCUGGUAUGACAGUGGUCGAGGCGACUGGAGGAAGUACAGGCUCGGCUCUGGCCUUUGUUUGCGCGGUGAAGGGCUACAAGUUCGACGCGGUAUGCUCUAAUUGCUUCGCGACAGAGAAGCUUCGCACCAUGACUGCUCUCGGUUCCGGGCUUGAGUUGAUUCAUAGUCCCAGCGGCAAGCUGACGCCCGAUUUGUUUCCGAAAAUCAAGCAGCGUGCGAAGGAUCUCGCGGCCCAGCCUGGGGUAUUUGCUGCAGAUCAGUUCGCUAACAGGGAUGCUUUUAUUGGUUAUGCAAAUCUCGGUCGGGAACUCGUCCAGCAACUACCAAGUGGCAUUGACAGUUUCUGUGCUUGCGUUGGUGGUGGCGGCAUGUUGAUGGGUGUCUCGAAAGUGCUAAAGCCAACAUAUCCACAUUGUCGGGUUGUCGUGCUGGAGCCUGCCUCUUCACCUUUCAUUACAGAAGGCCGGGCUGGAACACAUGGAGUUGAGGGCGUCGGUAACGCAUUCAAAUUACCAUUGCUCGACAACAACCUCUAUGAUGAGGCUAGGGCGGUGCCUGAAGAAGAAGGACGCGCGAUGUGCAGACGACUGGCUAAGGAGGAGGGUAUUCUCGUGGGAACCUCGACUGGAUUGAACGUGGUAGCCGCGAUUGCAUUGGCUAAAGAAUUGGGCGUCGGAAAAACGGUCGUGACUGUCGCAUGUGACACGGGUUUGAAGUACAUGAGCGGGCCAUUGUUUGCGGAGCAAUAAUGGAUGUUCUGUGACCUCUUACAAUGCUACAUGGAAUAAUAUUUUGCUACUUCAACAGAAUGACCAAGCUACCUGAGUACUGUCUCGGAAUCUUAAUGAUUGUUGCGCCUCAAAUUCCAGUAUCAGUGAAAAGAGAG